ACGGACGCCCCGAGGAGGCCAGAGGGACGCCCUUUAACGCCUUUUAACGCCUCGUAACGCCAUUCAACGCCCCAGCACCCUCCCGCCGCCACGACCUCCACGCCGCAUGCCCUGCCAACACCUCGUCGUCAAUGACAGCAUUAUGAUGGAAAUAAGCAAAGAUGGUGGACACUGUGUCUGCUGAGGAAAGGAGGAAGGAGCUUCUGGAAGACUCUCGCAAGUACACAUACCCAGAGGACACAGCAGGUAUAAAGCUACGAUAUAAAGACACGGCCCUUGUGUUAUUUAAGGAAGGUCAUGACGAUCCCAAGAGCUUCCUCACAUUUGGGACACGGAGGUCCUCCUCGGUGAGUCAGUAUGGAAAUACUCCUCUCAUCGUCCGCAGGUCCCAGAGUUCAAAUGGCGAGCUCUCCAUGGUCGCUGAACAGUGGCCUUCUCUCAGUUGCAGAACCUCAGUAAGUAAUUAUACUUUAGUAGAGGCUGGAGAGAGGGAUGACGACGAUAGCGAGACGGAGGAUGAGCUGGAUGUUGCGGUCAAGAACUUCAGCGGCGAAUUGCAAGACCUGAAGGAGACGGAGGAGAGUGAGGGCAGUGUUGCGGAUGACAAUGAGGAAGCCACGAGUGAAAGUGGCAAGCAGAGUGUAGUUAUCAGAGGGACCAAGGGGAGUGAAACUAGGUUGGAAGUGACGGAAAAGCAGCAGCAAGUAAGUUUGGAAGAAAAGGGCACCCCACUGCCGGCUGGAGAGUAUGAAACCAGAAAGAGCUUCAUCCACUAUGACCUGCCCAUACAGAGGCCUAAAUCAGUUGAUAAAGAGAAGAAUGAAAAGAUUGGUGACGAAAGCCAUGACCAGGAAAAGUCUGUUAAAGAGCAGGAGGAUGAAACGCAUGAAGUUCAGGCUCAUGCUGAGAAACAGGGAGAUUCAGCUAAAGAAACUGCCAAAGAUACAGGCAGAGAGAUUGAGUUGAGUGGAGAAGACCAAGGUGAUAGUGCUGCUGAAAAGCAAGUGGAAGAUAGGAGUGAGUGUCCAUCACCAAAAGCUCAAGAGUCUCCUGUGCUGGAUGGUGUAGCCAAAGACAAGGAAAGCAGAAAAAUAGAACAUUCAGUUGUCGAAUCUCACAAAGAGAGUGUCCUUAAAAAGGAUGAACCUUUGUUGGAUACCUCACCUGGCCGCAGAAGUAAUGGGUCUUCCUCUCCUUGUCAGGAGAAGGUUGGUCAAGAUCCCUUUAGCCAGAGAUAUUCUCAAAUCUUUAGAACAGAAUUAAAAAUUGUUGAAGCCUCAGACUUAGAGUCAAAUGUUAAAUCUACUGUUCUCAAGGUUCAGCCAUCUGAGGCUUCAGUUAUACCUGCUGAUGAUGAUGAUGAGGAUGACGAUGAUGACAUAGAAUUUGUUGAUGCAAUUUCUCCUGUUUCCCCUAAAAUAGACAUAAGAAGUGAGGGGCAGAUUCUUGCCAAACAGUCUGUAGCAGGAAAAGAGGAAAAACCCACAGUUGCACCAGAUGCAUCAAAGACAAGUGAAAGGGCUAGCACUCCCUCUCUUCCCCUACAAGUUACUACAGGAAAAGAGGAAGAAGGUCAGACCAAAAAGGAUUCUGCAAAUGACUUGAACAAAUCUUUUGAUCCAGAAGAAUCCACCAAAUUCCUCGACCUGCCAGUCCGAAGUCCCACUCCACCCAAGAAGAGUCCCAGAAGGUCGCCCAGAAGUCCCAAGAGCAAAGAAGCGAGCAAGGGCCGUCACUCCUCGCUGGUUCUGCCCCCAGACCCCGAACCUCCGGCGGUGGCUCCAAAGGGAACCAGAUCGGCCUCUCCAACCACCAAGACGAAGGAGCACGGCAGAGUGUUCACGUUCUCCCUGAAGCGAGAGAAGAGCAAGAGUGCCUCAUCUUUGCAUUCAAGAAGAGCUAAGGAUAGAGACAGAUCUUCAGUCCAAGAGGGAAAAGAGGCAGGAAUGAGGCAUCAGGUCCUCUUGCAUAGUGAGAGUGAUGACAUGCAGCUCGAGUCCCUUGGGAAAAGAGUCGGUGUAAGAAGCAUGGUCAUUGAUGGAACAAUCAAGCGCAACUUCAUUGUCAUACACCCAUCCGAUGAGUCAGACACCAUAGGGCUGGCACCAAGGGCAGUCAUUUCAAAUGGAGAUGGUAAUGCACAUAUCAGAACCCCCAAAGCACUUUCAAGUGUGAAGUCUCACAUUUCAGGUCUCACAUCUAACAAAAUUGAGUCAGUCCAAAAAAUUUCUUUAAGACAUGACAUCAAGGAAGAGUUGACAGACACAGUAAGGGAUUCAGUCUCCUCCCCUAUGACACUGGGCCCAGUACCAAAAAGGUCACGGUCAAGAAAAACUAAAAGCACUGACAAAAUCCGUGCAAGUUCACAUUCUCUGUCCAGUUACCCUGCAAAUGAAAGCCAGUUGCAGAGAACAGCGUCAAGGAUGUCAGAGGUGGAUUGUGAUUCUGUUAACAUGUCUUCGCAAAGCUUGCAUGUCAGCACAAAUAAAGUCACAUCAAAACUAUGUAGUAUUAUGUGAAGAUUUUAUAUUAUUUAAAGGACAGAAGAACUAUAUAUUUGUUCAUUUUGAAAAUAAAGAUAGAUUUAACUUUUAAAAGGGCUACAAAGAAAAGAAAGAAACAUUUAUAAUACAUUACAAGAUAUAUUGGGAAUACUGGCUGUAGCCUGGACACUGAGAGUCCAUUUAGCUGCUGUGGUUCACUGUCUCGGAAAGUCACAAAGCGCAAAUUACUCUGUGAUUUAAUGGUGCCAUGAGGAAUAAGUAGACAGUAAUCAAAAUUGUUUAUCUCGUGAAAUAUUGUUUGGUCGGCCUUGGCACCUGUUGAGCAGGUUUGUGACGCGAUUCCUUAUUGUCUUGCCCCAUUUUUGUAAAAAAAAAAAAAAAGGAAAAGUUAUUUUU